AUGACUUCUCCAAAAAGACCAUUCCGUGUCAUCGUGGUAGGUGGCGGCGUGGGAGGCCUGACAGCAGCUCACACCCUCCUCCGGGCCAAUAUCGACUAUGUGGUCCUGGAGAAAGGUGUGAUUGCUCUACGAAAAGGGGCCAGUAUUGGUAUUUAUCCACAGGGGUCUCGCAUUCUAGACCAAAUCGGAUGCUUGCAACGGGCGCGUGAAUGUGCCGACUGCCCCAUCUCCAGCACACAGGUCUUCGGAGAGCUUUGGAAGACACGCAUCCGGGGAGAGCUGGUCAAUGUCGAAGAAGGUCUCUUUAACCAUAUGUAUUUUGGGCGUGUCGUUCUCGCUGGCGAUGCUAUCCACAAGAUGACCCCCAAUGUCGGGUUGGGCGGUAACUCAGCUAUGGAGAGCAUUGUGCUUCUGUCCAACCUGCUCAAUCGGGCCAUCGAGCUCCACCCUGAUGAUCAUCCGGAUGCGAAGAUAGUUGAGCAGGUGCUGUCAGAGUAUCAAAGUUUGACUAAGGAGCGCAUGCGCAAAGUCAUCGACUUCUCCAAUCUUGCUACGCGCAUCCAGGCUUGGGAUACGCCUUUCCACAAAAAUUGCAAGAGAAAUGCCAUUACCUUCCUUUUCAAUGUUCCCUUCAAUCACAACAGUGACAUCUCUCCCAAUAUGGGAUCGAAGUUGAGCCAUAUCGCUGGCUGGUUCAGAUUGAGUGUUGAUGUCAACCCCCUUGAACUGUUGUAA